GAAGACAGAAGACAUUUUUAAUGUGAAGGAGGGGUAACAGGAAAUGUUUAGCUAGUAUUAGCUGCCAGUGCUCUAGCGUUGUCAGCUAAAUGAGAAGUGACCAGUAAGUGACAAGAGUUUAUACUAGGGGUAAUAAACUUUCAGUGUGUCUACAUUUGUUAAGUCUCGGAGAGGAACAUUACUGGAAUUAGAAGAGCGGCGUGUUUGUGUCAUUGCUGGCCGUAAGUCGCGCCAAAUUUAAACUAAUUAAACUGCACUCCCGGUGUUUUCCUAAAACACGCGAACGACAGCGAGCGACGCCGACUUAUUUUUCUCACCCUGUGAGGUUUAACACGGCGUUACUGGACAUUCGUUUUAAAGAUACAUUAAGGCUGAAUUAAGUCUGAGAAUCAGGACAGACUUCCGGUCUGAAAUGAUAAAUGAUCCGCCUGGACGUUUCUCCACACAGAGAGAGGAGUGGCCUAAUCAUCUGGUUUAAGACCAGGCGUUUGACAAAUGUAGAGUCUUGUGCGGAGGAGGCAGACGCUGAUGUCUCCUGUCGAACAGAGAGACCCUGCUCCGUCCUUAUUUGUCAUAAGUGUCUGCUGUUUCCCAUGGCAAAGACAAAGGCCAAAGAACGUAUGAGGUCCACAGACGGCAUGACUGAAAAGACCAGGAGAGUAAACAUGACAGCAGAGUCGCUCCACGAGUUCUGCCUUUAAAAGACAUGCAAGAGACCACAUUAUAACAAAGUGGGAUACAAAACUGCCAGGGUCAUGAAUUAAUGUGCUGCUGAAUGAAGAUUUGGUAACACCCGACUAGUGACACCUCUUCUGUCAAUUAGCCAUGGGAAGUGCAGAGGAAACUCAUGGAUGGGCAUUACAAAUGAGCACGCUGAGUGUUUUGGCCACAGUGAUGGUCUUUGCUAUGUUUCCUGGUGGUGUGCUGAGUGAUAUGAGAGACACUCAGGAUCUGGAAGCCCAACAAUUGGCCCAGGCAUCCACUCAUCCACACCAUCGCCUGAAGAGAGGCUGGAUCUGGAAACAGCUGUUUGUCCCCGAGGAAGAUCCCACUCCUCGUGUUAUUGGCCAGCUCAAAUCUGACUCUGACCGAGGUGAGUCUUCUAUCAGGUACAUUUUAUCUGGAGAAGGUGCUGGAGAUGUGUUUGAGAUAGAUGAGUAUUCUGGUGAGAUCCGGACACUAAAGAAGCUUGACCGUGAGGAAAAGGCCUUUUACGUCCUUCAAGCCCAAGCUAUCAACAGGAGGUCUAACGAACCAGAGGAGCCCCAGUCUGAAUUUAUCAUCAAGGUGCAGGACAUCAAUGACAAUGUCCCCCAGUUCCAGAAUGAACCGUAUGUGUCUAGCAUCCCAGAGAUGUGCCCACCAGGGACCACAGUGGCCCAGGUGACAGCCACAGAUGCUGAUGAUCCCAUGUUUGGAAACAACGCCAAGCUUAUUUACUCCAUCCUGCAGGGGGAGCCCUACUUCUCUGUGGAGCCAAAGACAGGAAUUGUUGUUACAUCUUGGCCAAACAUGGACCGUGAGGCCAGGGAACAGUACCUGGUGGUGGUGCAGGUGAAGGAUAUGCUGGGCCUCAGUGGCGGCUACUCCUCCUCCACCACAGUCACCGUCAGCCUGACUGAUGUUAAUGACAACGGACCCAUGUUUCGGCACCAUGUGUACUCCUUUGCUGUCCCUGAAAAUGCAGCUGUGGACACCACAGUGGGCAGGAUUAUGGCAGAAGAUGGAGACAUUGGCAUCAAUGCCAGAAUGACCUACAGUCUGGAGGAUGAUCUGGAGGAAAGCUCCACAUUUAUGAUCAAAACAGACCCGGGGACGCAGGAGGGAGUGAUUCUGCUGGCCAAGCCUUUGGACUAUGAGACUAAACGACGUUUUGUCAUGGCUGCAGAAGCAGUUAAUGAUCAUGUGGACACACGCUUUUUAUCUUUGGAGGAGUUCAAGGACAGGACAUCAGUCAAGAUUUUUGUGGAGGAUGUGGAUGAACCACCUGUUUUUCUCUCACCAGUCUAUGAGUGGAAGGUUCCUGAAAAUUCAGCAGUGGGAACUGUGGUUGGCACUGUUAGUGCCAGAGACACUGACACAGUCAAUAAUCCCAUCAGAUAUUCAACUGACAAAAGGAGUGCUACCACAGAAGCCUUCAGAAUAGACCCAAACAAUGGCACUGUAACUGUUGCUAAACUUUUGGACCGAGAGACUGCAAACUGGCACAAUGUGACUAUUCUAGCCAAGGAAAAGUCACGGAACCAUUUAUCCUCCUCUGUGGUGGUGUUCAUCAGAGUACUGGACAUAAAUGACAAUGUGCCAAGGCUUGCGAGAGAUUACCGACCAUAUAUUUGUGAGGGGACACAGGCAGGAGAAAUCAUUCAGCUGCUCAGUGCUGUUGAUCCAGACGACCCUGUAGAGGGACACCACUUCUACUUCUCUAUGGUCCCUGAGAAGCACAUCAAUCCAAACUUCACUAUCAGAGAUAAUCAAGACAAUACAGCCAGCAUCGUGGCACGUAGGAGUACUUUCACCCGCAAGGAUCGAACCCAGUACCUCCUGCCUGUGGUGGUGAUGGACAGCGGCUCUCCAGCUCUCUCCAGCACCAGCACUCUGACCGUCGGCGUGUGCAGCUGUCAGCCCGCAGGCCAUUGUCCAACGGGAGGGGUGGAGGCCCUUGCUCUGUCUAUGGGGGUCAGCCUGCAGACGUUGUUAGGGUUUGUGGUUUGCCUGGUCACACUCACAGUGCUGUCAGUUCUAAUGCUGAUGGUGAGGAGACACAGGCGGAAACAGCAGGAAGGGCUGGCGGUGGCGGUGAAGGAACUGGAGCUGCCUGAGACUGUGUCGCAGAAGGUGCUAUAUUAUGGAGAAGGCGGGGGCGGAGGAGCAGACCUGGAGUUCUGCCAGCCUGUCUUCCCGCUGCGCCCUCACCCUAGGAGGAGAGAGAGGAGGCUGCAGAAGGAGGACAUCAGGGCCAGCAUUCGGAUGUCCCUCCGGGAGUCGCACCUCAUUGGACCAGAGGACGAGGUAUUCAGGCAGUUUAUUCUGGACAGGUUGGCAGAGGCUGAUCAGGAUCCUUACGUCCCCCCGUUUGACUGCCUCAGGACUUAUGCGUAUGAGGGGUCAGGGUCUCCCACAGGGUCCCUGAGCUCACUGGACUCUCUUCCUUUUGAGAUUGGACCUGAGCAAAGUGUGUGUCCUCCCAGACCAUACUUAGUGAGACUUACUCCAUGGCAUGGUGGUGGAGAAGAGGAUACCAUCUUCUGAUGGUUCCUUUAUUUUUAAAUGGCUUUUAAUUUUUGAGUCAAGAGUUGCACUUAAAAGCUGGCCAUUUUGGGAACAGCUAGCCAGGCUUUGUCUUUGGAAGUCUGCUUCAGAAGAGACUUAUUUUUAACCUUUGGACAGAGCCAGGCUAUCUGUUCCCUCCUGUUUCCAGUUCAUAUGCCAAGCUAAGUUAACCCGCUACUGGCUGCAGCUUUAUAUUUACUGCACAGAGAGCAAGUAAGAAAAUAUAUGCAUUUCCUAAAUUGAGCUAUUUCAAGAUAAAAGCCUUGGAUACAAAUCAUAUGUCGGGAUGCUUUUCAUAACUGAGCUCUUUAUUUGUUGCUGUGCUGUUUAACUUUUCAAACAUAUGACAUUAUUUCAGGUUAUGACAUUUCAGCUACAAUGGGUUUUGAGUUCAGGUAUGUCUGAUUUUAAAUAAUUAUGUUAAACUUUGUGUCAGUGCCUUAAAAGCAAAUAUUGUCAAAUAUUGCUGAAUGUAUGUCUCAUGCAGAACAACAGCAGCAUAAAUGAAAGUACCAUAAUGUAGUUACACUGCUGCAAAAGUCAGCAAAAAGGCCAGGGUGCAAGGUUGGGUGCUGACUGCAGCUCGUGUCCUUUCUUCUACCAAAAGUCAGUGAUGUGUUCUUGUAUUUUUUUUUUUUGCCUUACUCGUGACCUUUCACCUGACCUUAAAACUGCCACUUGGAGGCAACAGAAUAAGCUGGAAUUACAACAGUGUCACACAUUACCAACUUAUGAAGUUAUGGAAAAACAGUACCCUAAUUACACAGCAGCUAAGGAGCACCGUUAGCAUCCAUUUGAAGUUGUAAUGACAAGUCUGGUUCACUGUUCAUUCAACUCUGUUUUGUUCUGCACCAGCUACUGAAAACUAAUACUUGCCUUACAGUGGCUGUGAGCUGCUUGACAAGUGGGUUUAGUGCUUUUUAGUCUUUUGCUGGAAACAGCUGCCUGAUUCAGGCAUAAUCCUGGAUCCAUAUUAUGAUCCAGAUCAGCAUCAAAAUCUAAUGGUGUUUCUGUGGGCCAAACAUUUAAUCAAAAUCCAUUCAUUGCUAUUUGAGUUAAUACUGCGAAACACACAAACGGCAGCAAAAACUUCGCCUGCCUUGGCAGAGGUAACAAAUCAGUGAGUUUACAAACGAUAAAAUGCUCUUUAAGUUGAGGAGAAAUGCAAAGUUGGUUCAUCACUACAAGUGACCACUUAACUUUGCACAUAGUCGUGUGAACAUAAUAUUUUUGAAUCAUGUAGCUUUAACCACGUCCCUUCAGUCCUGACAAAACUUUAAGGAAGAAUGUGGGAAAUUAGAAAUGAUAAGUUUUAAAUUAGUUGCACAGGUAGAUUUUUAAGGCCUAUUACAUUGUUUAAAGAUGAGUACAUGCACGUGCUGCAGCAUCAGUAGAACAUCACAUAAUCCGGACACAGGAUGUUGUAUCAGUUAUGCGUGACUUUGUCUUGAGUGGAUGAACUAGUUUCACCCACACUGAGAAUUUGUCAGCAGUGAGUGAACAGGUUGUCCAAGUCCACUUGCUGAAGUCACAGUUAAAAUCAAUUUGGCAGAUAUUAGAACAUUUUGAACUGAAACAGAAAAACAGAUUGUGGGGAUAAAUCUAAAAGUUAAAUUUGUGGAAUGCAUAGACUGCCACUGAUAGAAAGCACAGUGUAGAGUAAGCAGGGGUGACUUUAUUUGAGGUCAUGUGGAUUAUGCAAGUUGUGCUUUAAUGAAUGCAGUUAUUACAGUGUAACAAUGUUAUACUCUACUGAAUAAUGCCUACAGUUUUACUGACCUGUGAAUUUUAAUUUCUGAUAUUAUAUUAUUCAUGUUGCUGUUUCACAUUUAGUAUGUUGGUUCUUAACAGUUUGUGCUGCACUGGAGGUUUUGAUUUCUGAUCAGCCUUAUCCUCAAAUGAAUUUCAUAUGGUGAAGAGUAAGCAUAAAAAAUGUGAUUAACCUGUAUUAUGCUGCCAAUCAUACUACCCAUGUCAGCCAGUCAGCAGCAGAGAGAGCACAUGGGUGACUGACAGCAAAACUUUAGCAAAGCAAAGUUGAGCAAGGAGAAAAAGUUGGCCAAGGCUUCACUGGAAGGAAGUGAAACCCCUGAGAAACACAACCGCUGGAGCACUGUGGAAAAAUGCAUAAUGUACAGCGCCUGGUUGUCUUCUUUCUUCAUGGUCAUUUGCAGUAUUACUGGCAAACACCAGAAACUCACAGUGAGUUGUGUGGGUGGCUGCUUGCAGGGUGACUUGAGGUAAUUGCAUGGUGAUCAGGUCGGGCUCCCUUCACCUUCUCAUCCACUAAUUGGGCUGUUUGCCGUUUGCGAAGGUCAGUGCUCAGACCACAGAGUAUAGUUCGCACUGGAUUAAAAACAGAACAAAUUCAUAUACAGACCUGUUUGGAACUUAGCUGAAAUGCCUCAUUGUAAGAGGACAACAUGUGGGAAACAACUAACUGAUUGAAUCUAUUCAUCUUUACCUUGUAUGAGUAGGUGCGCCACUCAACAGGACAAUUUCCAGAUAUCACUCUAACUGAACUUCAGAUAGCUCCCACUGUGGGAAACAAUCUAUCCGGCCAAUGCUUUUUAGACUAAAUUAUUGUCUCACAAUGGCUUCUAAAGACACAGGUAUUCACAAAAAAGCCUUUUAAAAGUCUAUUCAGACCAAUCUCUACAGUCCAACAUGUAGGGUAUUGGAUGUGCCCAUAAAGGCUCACUUAUAAUUCCCUUUUCAAUAGUACCUUAAUGUCAAAAGUCAUUCAGCUCCUGGUGUCAUUUAACCUUCUGAAUUUCUGCCAUUAACCAUGGUGAAUAUCAUGGGUAAUUUAACCUAACAGCCCUUUUCUUUGUGUAAUUAUACCCAUUAUAGCGAUGUGAGGAAUUUCGCUCCAUCAACUGUCUCUGCUCUUUGGUCUCCCACACAGGUAAAAGAUUCAGCUCUUCUUUUCAAACGCUGUGCCACACUCAUCACAGAGCGCCACAAUGCUCGCUGGAGGCUCUCUGAGAGGGGCUGCCAUUUGGUAGACACCAGGCUGAUUCAAAUGACGCCUGAAAGAAUUUUGAGACCCCUUUUUUUGUUAAAAAUCAUUAGUAAUAUGAAUGACUUGAGGUUUGGCUGAAGAGAUCAAAUCAUUUAUGUGCAAUUUGGUAAUGGGCAUGUAAUUAUAGAGUAUGAAUAUUCACAUCCAUUUGGAUGUGAUUUCGACAAUCACAAUAGUGUAGUGUGUAAGUUGUGAUCCAAAAUACACAUUUUGUGUGCUAUACAAACCCCGAAUCCAUACUUCUGUGCAUGUUCAUUGUAGAGGCUAACAAAAUGAAGUCUACUCAAUCCAAGCAGCAUCGAUUACGAAUCUGCUGUUGGUGGUUAUUAUAGCAUGCCGUAGGGAUUGCAUAUUUUUUUUAAGCCAACCCAGAAGUUAGCAUCACCUUCGACAAAAAGUCAAUGGGGCUUUUCCAUAGGCUUUUGGAUUAUUGCAGACAAUAACCUCUGUGACAAACAGUGGUUUAUGACACUUAGACUUUUUGUUCAGCAAGAUCAUCUUCACAGGUGAACACCACUUUUAUGAUUUUUAAAGCCCACAUACGAUCAGCUGUUUGUCAGCCACGACUCCGUCACCGCCAUGACAGAAGUUGAAGCAAACUGUGGAAGGUGGUGAAGUGGCUCUUGAGAAAUCUUGUAAAACAAAAAUGAAUAACCAGUCUUUAAUGAACAAAAUCCACUCUGUAUGGUUUAAUUUGCAGACAUUUGUUCAUUUCAUUUCCUGUUAGCGUAGAGUGGUUAUGUUGAUUUCUGUAUACUAACUGGUAAAACAGUAUAGUAUGAGAAUUAUUUAAUACAUAAUGUGUAUAUUUAUUACUGGUUUUCUGAUUAAAUAAAGGUGGAUGAUGAUGAAUUAGUAUUAUAAUUUACAGUUAACCAAUUAUUUGUACAAGAAAAUAACUGCAUAAAACAAUACUCACAAAGUAAAGGGAUAAUUGGUAAAUAAGUAAACCGAUAAGUCAUUUUAGCCACGUGAGACAAGGAUUUCAAUCUAAAACCAUUAUAGAUUCCUCUAUCUGAUCUCUGCUACUAUGGUAGGAUUAUUUGUAACAUAAAGAUUAUAAAACUGUCAGUUGAGUCGGAGUGGAUCUGUAACUUUAAGCUUGUAUGUUAAAAUCCAUUACUGAUUUCAAAUUGUAAGCGACUGAGCACAAACAGAAUAGAGGUUUUUGAAUUAGGAUGUGAACAGUAAGUCUAAACAUCACACUAAACAAUAUUAAACCACAGUCACUACACUAACAUAGUGAAGCAAACUAACACUGGAAGAAAUUAGUUCCAUGUGUGAGCCCUUACACAUAAUCAGGCUGCCAUCACCGCAGCAAAGGUGCCGUCGUCUGGCACCAAAUGUGCUAAAAGAUUAUGCAAACUUUAAUAUUUGGGGAUUUUCAGACUGUAUUUCAUGUGAUCCUUUGCUAUUUCUGGUUCAUUAAUGAGCUUCCCUUCAUUGCCUUGAGACUUGGGGAUUAGCACAAUUUGAAAUGAAAUUAAUAAGUAGUAAUAACAGCAUACAGGAACUUGUUCUGUUGCAUAUCAGAGGCUGAUUGGUGGCUGUUUUGGGGUGUAAUGGCUGUGUGACUGUUUAAAAGCUGGCUGACAGGUUGAUAUGCUGUGGGGCCACUGGUUUAUGACCAAGACAUUUAGUGGUUCAAGCUGAAUUCUGUUUUGGGGUGAUGGAUCUGGCUGAAGAAACAGUUUUACACUGGGGGUCUGUCAGCUUUUGAAUUUCCAUGUUCCAAAACGGUGCGGUAGAAAUUAAAUUUUUUUUUUUUUAGCUCAAAAUCCUAAACUAAAAACUAAAAAAAAAAGCCCUGUUCACAACUGUGUACUUUUCAGCUGUGUGGAAGGACCCUAAUGUUUGUUUGCAGCGCAAUGACCCACUGUUUAGAAAAAAUGUUUUACUAAUCACUGUAAAUUUACAGGUUCAGUGUAAGGAGCACAGCAAUAAGUGUUUCUGAGUUUUCCUCAGAUUUAGACGAUAUUUCUAAGCUCUUUAAUGUGAUUAUCAUUAGGAGUCAGAUAACAAACUUGAAUUACCACCUUGCAGCUGUAUGCCUCCACCAACCAACCAAUCAAGUUGCAGUUUACAUGCUGUCCAGACUAUAAGUAGUAAACACUUUGAAGGAAUUUAAUAAAAUAUAUUGUGUAUUUAAUUUGAGGAAAUUCUCUCAAGUCGUUCCUGAGAUAUCGUGUUCACAAAAAUGGGAUGGACAACCUGAAAACGCGACAUCGGCAUCCAGCCGUCGCUGUCACCGGCGCAGAUUCACAAAAAUGGGUUUUGGAUGCAGAUUAGCUUUUAGUUUUAACCUUUCAAGAACAGUACAGUAGUUAUAGUAUCUCACAAAGAAGGCCAACCUCACUGAUACCAAACAAAAAUUAAAAUAACCAGCGAUUUUAACUUGAACUUAACUAAAUAAUGUGUUUCCUACAGUUCACAUGCCAGGAGAUCGAAAUCUACAGUGUCCUAUGAGCUAUUUUUAGACUUUAACUUCUUAAAGGCUGCUUCUGAAUUUGGAAAGAAAGACUUUUCACUUAUCAUUCAUAACACAUCCAUUUGAUCUGGUUUCAUAUUGUUCUUUCCUUAGGCCUGUGGUAUGAAACUACUACUGUGGAAUACCAAAAGGCCUCGGGUCCAAAGUGAAAAGUCCCAUUAAUAAAGAAGAGAUUACUUUCAUUUGCUGUCAGGGCCCUGUGCUGCUAAAGGAUUGAUGCUCUCACAUUAAAUCAGCCCUUUGAAAGGUCCUUCCAAAACUGUAUGAGCACCAACUGUAGGUAAUGUUUUUCUCUGUUAAACUUUCAGGGGUAUUAUAAAGAUAUUGGGAUAUUGAUAUUGGGAAUUUGUUUUGUUUGGUUGAUGGUUUGGUUAUUUUUUU